AUGGUUGUCGCAAUCCUUGUUUUCGGCUCAAAAGCAGACCUCCAGUUACACACUCAAAUCCAUCUUCGUGAAGCAAAGCCUUAUCGCUGUACACAGUGUCCAAAGGCUUUCGCUAACUCAUCGUACUUGGCGCAGCACUCCCGUAUCCACUUAGGCAUCAAGCCUUACCGUUGUGAGAUCUGCCAGAGGAAGUUUACCCAGCUUUCUCAUCUUCAACAGCAUAUUCGUACACACACUGGUGACAAACCUUAUCGCUGCACCCAAAUUGGAUGUACCAAAGCUUUCUCCCAGCUUUCGAAUCUCCAAAGCCAUAGUCGGUGCCACCAAACCGAUAAGCCGUUCAAAUGCAAUUCGUGCUAUAAGUGCUUUACUCAUGAGAAAGAUUUACUUGAACACAUCCCAAAACAUAAGGAAUCAAAGCACCUGAAAACUCACAUAUGCCAGUAUUGUGGCAAGAGUUAUACGCAGGAAACAUAUUUAAGUAAACACAUGAACAAACAUGCCGAACGAGCUGAUAAACGACCACCAAUCUCCGCACUUGGAUUGAGUGGUCUGAAUAGGUCAUUGGCAGCAGCGGCACCCACAGCUGCACCAUUUGGUGAACACCCCUACUGGCCUAAGGUCAGCCCUGAUUCAGCGGCGCAUAUGUCUGAUGAAGGUGGGUACCACCAACAAAGAGAAAAUGAUGAUCAUCAUGAGCAGCAACUGCAGCAACAGCGAGCACUGUUUGCGCAACAUGAAAGCCAAGAUGACCGCAUCCAGCCUCCCGUUUCGGCGGCAAACUCUGCGUUUACGCCCAUUAACUCCAUGGCGCCUCAUCUCAACGGAUUGUCACACCAUAGCGCUCUUCCAACGCGACCGUAUCUCUACGACCCAUUGCAUUUCCAGCAAGGCAAGCAGCAGCCGAACUCCUUCCCUAACCAGCUGAUAUCUCUCCACCAGAUCAGGAAUUAUGCUCAUCAGCCUUCGGCACUUUUGCCCGCGGAACACAUCCUCCCCCACGCGUUAUCGCACAAGGAUAAGCAGUAA